AUGCCGGAGUCCUCUCUGGCCCUGCGCUCCCGCCUCAAGCUCCAGUACCAGCUGCAGCUCAACGACCCUCACCGCCAUGGGCUUGUCGAAGAUCCUGCCUUGCUUCGUUGGACCUAUGCUAGAGCAAACGUCUAUCCACAUUUCAGGCCCACUAUAAAGACGUCCCUGUUGGGAAUUGUAUGGGGGGUUGGACCUGUUGUAUUCUGGACUUAUGUCUUCGCAAAACGGAGGGCUCAAAAAGAGAAGGAGAUCAAGGAAGGCAAACGUGAGCUACUGGCUCAUCUCAGGUUUUGAGUCUGGGAACUAGAUGUUGCAGCGCUGUUAUUGGGCCCUUCGUUGAAUGUCCAGUAUGUUGUACGUUGCUGAGAUUUGAUCCUAUAUAAAAAAUAUAAACUGUAUUACUCUU